AUGUUGCUGGCAGGCUCUGGGGCGGAGCAGUGCCCCACUCCUCACCUGCAGGAGGAGAAGGACCCCCUAGUGCUCAGAGUGGCCAGUCAGAGCGGGGGUGGGAGGGCUGUGGGCCUGAGCGGAGCGGGGCCUGAGCGGGGCAGGCCCUCAGUCCUGCCGUCCUGUUGCAGAAUUAAGGACGCGGAUCAGAAGGCGCUGUACGUGAGAGACAGCCAGCUCCUGGUGGGAGACCCCGAUGCAGACAACCGUUGUGCAGAGAAGAUCUGCAUACUCCCCAACCGAGGCCUGGACCGCACCAACUUCCCCAUCUUCCUGGGGAUCCAGGGAGGCAGUCGUUGCCUGGCAUGUGUGGAGACUGGAGACGGGCCCUCCCUGCAGCUGGAGGAUGUGAACAUCGAGGACCUGUACAAGAAUGGUGAGCAGGCCACACGCUUCACCUUCUUCCAGAGAAGCCUGGGCCCCGCCUUCAGGCUCGAAGCUGCUGCCUGGCCUGGCUGGUUCCUCUGUGGCUCGGCUGAACCCCAGCAGCCCAUCCGACUCACCAAGGAGAGUGAGCCCUCAGCCUGCACUGAGUUCUACUUUGAACAGAGUCGGUAGGGAGACCGGGUGCUGAGUUCCCAGCCUGAUAUCCCCAAACCAAGCUCAUCCUGCCCAGGGUCUCUGGUAGGCAAAAUAAUGCCCCCCCCCCGCGAUGUCCACAUCUGGAUCUCCAGAACCCGUGAGUAUAUUACCUUCCAUGACAAAAAGGACUUUGCAAAUGUGGUGAAGUUAAGGAUAAUUCAUCCUGGAUUAUCCCAGUGGGCCCAACGUAGUCAAUCUCAAGGAUCCUCCUGUGACGGAGGCAGGAGGGUAAGAGUCGGAGAGAACUUGGAAGAUGCUAUGCUGCCAACUUUGAAGACAGAGGAGGGGGCUAUGAGCCAGUGAAUGUGGGUGGUUCCUAGAAGCUGGAAAAGGCAAGGGAAUGGAUUCUCCCUGGAGCUUCCAGAAAAAAUGUGGCCUUGCCGACACCUUGACUUUAGUCCAGUGGAACCCA